GUUUGCAAUUUUCGUGAAAAUCUGACUUUUCUUCCCGUAAAAUGCAGCGAUAGCAAGUUAAUUCAGCGGAAAAGAGUCAAAAAAUCGUUCAGGAUGUCAGCUGCGCCCUCCGAGGGAACAGAUCUCAGCACAAAAUACCAGAAAUUAGCGUCGGAAUACAGUAAAUUGCGAGCACAAGCGGGCGUAUUAAAACGAGCAGUUGUCGAGGAACAAAACAAAAAUGCUGUCGUGCGUGAACAAGUGCGUUUGAAGGACCUCAGUGUUCGUCGUUUGGAGCAGGAAAUCGAUUCGCUCAAUUUUCGCAACAAGCAACUUGAGUUGCGGUGCGCUUCGUUGCAAGAAGACCUCCAAACGCAGGCGAAAAAGAAGUCUGGCGGCAAAUCCGGGACAAGUAAUAAAAAUUCUGUCGUUUCGUUGCCCGCCGACGACGAUCCGAUCAUCCAAAGUGAGCUGCAACGACGCAUCAUCGAAAAUGCUCAACUCACGUCAAGCCUCACAGACAAAAAUAUCGAGAUCCAAAUGUACAUCGAUCGAUUGCACGAGCUCGAGGAUCAGCUAAAUCGCAAAGGGACGGAACACCAAGAGAUCGAGAAACGUUUGAAGCGCGAAAUUGAGUCACUUCACGCCAAAAACACGGAAUUGGAAAAUAAAGUCAUCGAAGGAGCAAGCACACUAAGUUGUGACGAUCGCCUGAGUGUCAGUGGGAGUGAAGGGGCAUCGUCAAAUCAUCAAGCAACGUUGACGGGAUCAACGCCCGAGGAAAAAAUUGCUGCCUUGGAGAAAGAACUGAAUUAUUGGCGCACACAAUACGAAAUAAUGAAAAUAAGUGAAAGUUUGGGCAGCGAACAUCUUCUAGCGACCAAAGUUAAUGGACCUAAUUCCGAAGAGGAUGCUUUUACGAAGAAAACUCUCUCCGAAUGCAAUGAAAAUGUGUCAAACGAACAAUUAAUCCAAAAUAGUUUUAGUAAGCGGAUUGAGGCUGUGUUAUUUGAAAAAUGUGAAGCUGAAGCGAAAAUUGCAUCACAUGUCGUUGAGUGUGAAAACCUCCGACAACAUGUCGAACUAUUGAACGACGAGCUGAGUAGCAAAGACGAAGCAAUGAAAUUAGUGCAACAGCAGCUCAGUAUGUGCGAAGAUGAUCUCGCAUCAACGCGUCUCACAUACGAAGAACAAAUCAGCGUCAUGACUGAACAACUCAUCAGUUUGAGUGAACAACUGGCUGCCACAACAUAAAUCGACCGUACUACACAUCGCUCUCCCCAUUCAUCGUGUGCUUGAA